UAUUUACUGCUGUUUUGGAUAAUUUUACGACAGAAACGACUCCGGGUAUUAUUUUGCUGGCAGCGUGGUAACCGGAAACAGGGACGGGGAUGACCUUUUUCCCAACGGAUUAACGUCGAUUUCCGCCAUAAUUUUUUAAUGUGAUGGAUAUAUUACGCCCAUCACUGACACGCAACUUGGCAGGAACGGCCGACCGCCGCGGUUAAUUAGCGCAUUCCAGCCCGUGCCACAUAAAUUCCUCCCGGUUCAUUAAAUCGUCAAGGAAAAAAAUGUCGCUCUCGGAUACAUCGACGCCGAAUGCGGAGUCGACGACGGUGAGUGCCAAUAGCGAUGCCAGUGUGCCGCAUACGGCGUCCAACGCCACGGCUGCACCGGAAAGGCAUUUGCAGAAAACUAGCACUACGGCUGCUGCUCCGCAUCUCUCCCAAUCGACGACAUUGCAAAAUGAUACGGAUACGCACUCCCAGAAACUGCAACUUGGAUAUUACGUCCCAAAGAAUGUUCUAGUCGGCUACGUCAUGCUGGUCACUGUGAUAAUUGUUAUGAUCGCGCUGGUUACCGGCUUUGCAGUCCGGUCCUCCUGCUCGCCGCCCACACCGCAUCCCGCCGAAGGUAUCAUCGCCUCUAAUACCUCCACGUCCACCCGUCCCGACAGCGCCGCCCUGCGUCCACGCGACAUCCGGUUGCCGUUGGACAUUUUCCCGGUGCACACAAAACUGGAGAUCCGGCCCAUCCUGAGUCCGGAAUUUAAAUUCGUCGGAGAAGUGGAUAUUACCUUUAUCUGCAAAAAUGCCACGCGAGUGUUAGUGCUGCAUGCCAAGGAUUUGGCGGUGAACGAGAGCGCGAUGGGCUUUAACGCGGAAGAAGGCAAUCCCGUGCCGGUAUUGCAUAACUGGGCGGAUGAUCCGGUGCGGCAGUUCUGGAAGUUCACGUUUAAGGAGAAUCUGCGCGUGGGCGUCAAGUACAACGUUAGUUUGAAAUUUCAAGGCAAGCUGAAUGAUGAUCUGAGAGGAUUUUAUCGCAGUAAAUACGAGCGGGAUGGAACAACCAGUUGGAUCGCGACAACCCAGUUCCAGCCGACGGACGCCCGGCGGGCGUUUCCCUGUUUCGAUGAGCCGGGCAUGAAGUCCACUUUCGACAUCACCAUCGUCCGCCCGGCCAACAUGAUCUCCAUCUCCAAUAUGGAGAUUAUCCGGCAAGACACUCGUGCCGACAAUCUCGUGGCCGAUGUGUACAAUCGCACACUGCCCAUGUCCACUUAUUUGCUCGCCUUCGUCGUCUGCGAGUUCUCCAGCAAGGAGAAAUUAGCGGAUAAUGGUGUCAAGGUGCGGGUAUGGUCCCGACCGGAUGCUCUCAACCAAGCCGAGUUCGCCCUGGAUGUCGCGUGUCAAAUGCUCGUGUAUUUCGAAACGUAUUUCGGUAUCCCCUUUCCACUGACAAAAUUAGAUCUCAUCGCUGUGCCGGAUUUCAUUGCCGGUGCCAUGGAAAACUGGGGCGCCGUGGUGUUCCGGGAGGUGCUGAUGCUAUACGACAACGAGACGUCGCCGGCUAGUUCUAAACAGCUUAUCGCCAUUGUCGUCGCGCACGAAGUCGCACAUCAGUGGUUCGGAAAUCUGGUUACUCCAAAAUGGUGGGAUACGUUAUGGCUGAACGAAGGUUUUGCCAGUUUCUUGGAAUAUCAAGGCGUAGAAUUCGCUUUUCCCAGUUGGCACAUGGCGCAACAAUUUGUAGUGGACAACCUCCAUGUGACCUUUGAGCCAGACGCUCUGACAACGUCCCAUGCCAUAUCGUUGCCGGUGUAUCAUCCUGAUGAAAUUGGCGAAAUAUUUGAUCGAAUUUCUUACGGAAAGGGAUGUUCAUUGAUUCGGAUGAUGCGUUACUUUCUUGGCGAAGAAACCUUGAAGAAAGGGCUGAAAAAUUAUUUGACAGCCUUUUCGUACAGUAAUGCGGAGCAAGAUGAUUUAUGGCGGCACCUAACCGAAGCCGGUCGUCAAGACGGGAAGUACGUCGACAUCAAGAUGGUUAUGGAUUCGUGGACACUGCAGAUGGGCUAUCCAGUGGUGACGAUUACGCAAGACCAUGUCAAUAAAUUGGUGAAAUUCUAUCAGCAGCACUUCUUUCUGGAUAACAACGCCACCGUGGAAGCUGACAGUAACGAUCAAGGACAUUCUUGGCACGUGCCGGUUUCCAUAAUUACUGCUGCCGACCGGUCGUACGACAAGCCGAAACAAGUCUGGCUCAGCAAGGAAAACAAAACCGUAAACGAACUGCUGUCAUCGCAAAAUGAAUGGAUUUUGGCGAAUGUGCGAGAAACUGGCUAUUACCGUGUCAAUUACGAUGAACGGAACUGGAAGCUGCUCAUCACGCAGCUCAAUACGGACAGAACGAAAAUCGAUGUGAUUAACCGAGCACAAAUUGUGGACGAUGCUCUGAGCUUAGCGAGAGCAGGCUAUUUGGAAUACGGAAUCGCCCUGUCCACAACAGAGUAUCUGGUGGGCGAACAGGAUUUUCUUCCGUGGGUGUCAUGUCUAAAAGCGUUGGAGUUCGUUGACGCUAUGAUGCAAAAUUCGGAACAUUACGGUUUACUCAAAAACUAUAUUCUUCGCCAGCUGAGACCGAUAUACAUUAUUCUCGGAUGGGGCGACAGCCUGACCGAAGCGCAUAUCCAGCAGCUUCAGCGUGUUGAAAUUCUUCACGCUGCAUGCUAUUUCGGACACGACAAUUGCGUCGAAAAUGCCAAACAGAUCUAUACCAGAUGGAUGUCCAAUCCCGAACAGCACAAGAUAUCAGCAAAUCUGAAAUCUGUGGUCUACUGCAAUGCCAUCCGCUAUGGAACGUCAGACGAAUGGGAUUUUGCAUGGGAGCAGUACAAGAAAUCCUCGAUUGCCGGGGAAAAGCGCCAGUUCCUGACCGCAUUAACCUGCAGUCGGGAGCCUUGGAUUCUCAAUCGAUUACUGGAGUGGUCGUUGACGAGUCAACAUAUAAGAAAACAAGACGGAGACCUAGUGAUGUCGUUAAUUGCUCAAAACGCAGUCGGUCGCUAUCUUACAUGGAACUUUGUCAGAGAUCGCUGGAGUGAAAUUCGACUUCGAUAUGCUGGGGUUAUUGGAGGACUGUCGCACUUGAUCAGUGGCUUGACCCGCUCCUUUAACACUGCUUUUGAACUACGCGAACUGGAGGCCUUUAUCGAUGACAACCGCGACAGUAUCAGUAUUGCUCAACGUGCCCUUUCUCAAGCGGUGGAGAAGAGCAAGGCCAACAUCAGCUGGAGGAAGCGCAGUAUGUCGCAGAUAACGCGAUGGUUGGAAAACGUACGGAAAUGAAACGUGGCAGCUUGCAAAAUCUGUAAUCGGAAAGACAAUGCAUGGCGAUACUAGUAUCUGGAGUGCCUUAAUCCGCUCACUGGAAGACUUGUCUAAUUUUUACAAUUUAUAUGCAUUGCGGUUAAGUUUCGCGAAUGGUGGUUGUAAGACGGUUUGAUUUGACUCAAAUGAAAUUAAAUAAUUUUGAACUUUCGAUAAUGUUAUACAUAAAAAUUGUAAGU